CUUUGUCUCCAACGCCGUUUUGGUCAAAGCAAAAACAGGAGUUGCAGCUAUUGUAGUUGCAGCUUAGUAUUUGUCCACGGACACACAAAGCUUUGACAAGCUCAACAGUCCCGCAGUGAUCCGCCGUCCACAGAGAGCAUCGCGCUGAUGCGACAAAGCUUUAGUUUGUGUUUUUAAAAGGCCGAUCCACGCUGGUCUAUAAAGAGGUCUGGACCUGACCGGGUGUCUGGACUGGUCUGAACAAAACACACUUACAAUGGGAAAGAUCGUUUUCUACGAGGGCAGAGACUUCCAGGGCCGCCACUAUGAGUGCAGCGGUGACUGUUCCGAGAUGCAGAACCACUUCAACCGCUGUAACUCCAUAAAAGUGGAGGGCGGCUGCUGGGUGGCCUACGAAAAACCCAACUACGCUGGCUACCAGUACAUGCUGCAGAAAGGAGAGUAUGCCGACUACCAACGCUGGGCGGGCUUCAACGACUGCAUCCGCUCCUGUCGCAUGGUUCCACCUUACAAGGGCAACUACAGGAUGAAGAUCUUCAGGCGUCCUGAUUUUGGAGGCCAAAAUAUGGAGGUGAUGGACGACUGCCCAGAUCUGCAGGAUCGUUUCCACACCCGUGACAUCUACUCCAUCAACGUGAUGGAGGGUUACUGGAUGCUGCACGAACACCCUCAUUACCGGGGACGCCAGUAUUUCCUGAGUCCCGGGGAGUACAGGAGACACAGUGAGUGGGGCAGCAGCAGCCCUACCUUCGGCUCUAUAAGGCGAAUCACUGAGAUCAACUGAUUGUGUCACCCUUUUUUUUCGGUAUUUCCAGACUUCAUUUAAAGAAUUAGGACAUUGCUGUGUCUAUUGUUCGGUUCUCGUUUCAUUGCUUUGUUUGCGGAGCUGCUCUUCCGCCUAGAGCAGCCAAAUAGUGUGUCACUCCAUGCUUUGUUGUUAAGAAUGAACACAGCAGAACCGAGCUGAACUUCAAAACCAAUAAAAACUGGAUUAAAGUCAAGC